AUGACUGACAAAAGAACACGUGAGGAUUCGGCCACUGGCUCAAUUGGAGCUCAGGAAUCAGUAUCAGUAACUCCAGUCGAGAAUGAACCCUCCAAGAAGCGACGUCGUCGGAUCCUCUCUUGUGACGCUUGCCGCCGACUGAAAUGCAGAUGCGAGCUGGACUUUGGCUCUGACACUUGCUCAAGAUGUCGAAACUUGAGAAUACCCUGCCUUAGAAGCGAUAGUCUGGAUCAGUCAUAUGGGACACAAGAAGCGAGCCAUCAGCAAGAUCUUGUGAAAAGUUUACAUCAGAAGGUGUUGCACUUGGAAAGCUCUAUGCAAGAUAUAAGGUCCCAGCUAGUAAAGCUCCAAUCCGGACGGGACUCAACGCAUCAAAGUGUCGUUGAGCAAAGUGCUUCUCCUCAAGCAUCGACAAAUAGUCGUGUGCUGAUGGACGAGAUCGAGCCCGCGGAUCAACAUGUUCAUGCUGCUCCAGCUGAAGUCAUCCGACGUGUCGCCUGCCAGGUAACUGGCGACUUAAGAAGGGCUUUCCACACAAAAGAGGAUGUUGUUCACAUGGGUAUGCUCAAUGCCACAGCUGCUGAGAGCCUUGUCAAAUCCUUUAUUCGACGACGUCGCCACGUUCUUUUUAUAAAUGACGAGAGCGAUCUAGUAACCAGAGGCUCUUUGAUCCAAACGUCACCAUUUCUUCAUGCUGUGUUGUGCUCGCACGAGAUGAGGUUCACCCACACGAGCCAGACAGAUGCCUUGAAACACAGGCAAGUCUAUGAGCAUAUGCGAAACAUGCUUGGUCAGGUAGUGCUCGGUAGCCCAUUGCAUCUUGAAGAAAUUACUGGUGUUCUCAUUUGUUCUCUCUUCGCCGGAUCACCAUCGUGCGAAGCUGAAUAUGUCGAUAGCUGGCUUUUGAGUGGUAUUUGUUCACAGCAGGCAAUGCUGUGCAUUCAGUUCUCAGAUAUUCAUCAGCGAACCAAUGCUGGAACUUCAACGAAGCUGGACCUUCGAUCAAUGAGAAUCUGGGCAAACAUAUGUCUAAACCAUCUGCAUUGGUCAGCUACUACAGGUAGACCAUCCAUAUUACCUAGCUCGUACUUCAGCCAGUGCAGGAAUCUACUCAAUUUCGAGCAGACCACAAUGCGCGAUGCGAUGCUGCUUGCUGAAAUCUCACUUUACUGUACACUACAGAAAGAAGACUGCGUUAAACCAACCUUCACGAACGAUGGUUUCAGCUCCAAAUUUGCAAUUUGGAAGCAGCAAUAUGGAUAUCUCCUUGAUCUACCUACAGGUCUUAUGCUGAAGUUCAGUUACUGUAUUGCCAACGUCAUCCUAGCAAAACGAACUCUGGAUAGGGUUGAAGCAGAUGCCUUGAAUCUAGCCUCGUCGCUCUCGCCACAGACGUCUCGCAGUUCUACAGUGAAUCCCCAAGACCCUUCCACGAAGUCCCUACAAGGCCACGUAUACGAACUUAGCUUCCGAGUCAUACAGGCAUUCAUCGCCAUUCCAAGUUCAAGCUCUGGAGAUUUACCCGAAUUCCACUCCCUCUGCGUUGCGUAUUCCUUGCUUAUUCUAGGUCAAUACGAUGAGCUGCCGCCUGCAAUAGCCAAAAACGAGCUCUAUUCUGCCUUGCAAGAAAUGAGGCGACGUUGCAGUGAAUCGAAUGCGUAUUCCGUGGCAGUUCGACUCAGUGUUGAGCGGGCUUGGGAGAAUUUCUUGAGGGUAGAUGGUGUUAAUUCGGUCGAGGUUGUGCGGCAAGAGUCUCAGUUUCAUAAUCAUGCUGCUCAGAGCACCAGUGCCAACAAGGCAUGUCACAAUUCUGGGGCUGGAGGUCAAGUCGAAUCUCUUGAUCUGGACUUCUUCUUCAAUGGGGGUUACUUGGAUCUGCUUGACGUCGACAACUUCCUCGUCUAG